AUGGUUACCGAAGAAACUACUCCAGUGGAUUUAAAUGCAAUUGCUGAAAAUAGCGCAGCCUUAGAUUUAAAUAAACUAAUUGCUGGAUUAAGCGAAAAAAUGGGGGUACCAGGGGUUAUGGGAGAACAUGGUUAUUUUACUUCAGAGAAACCAAUAAAAGUCGAUCGUUCCAGCAUUUUAAAAUCCGAAGAAAAAAGUGAAGAAAUAUCCGAAGUUGAAGUUUUUCAUCCAUCGGAAGAAUUAAGGCAUUUUAUGGAUAUUGAAACAAAAGAUACUGUUAUGGUAUGUGUUUUGGAAGGGAACAGUGUAGUUUUGAAACAUUUACCCCCUGUGGGUCAACAAAUUGAUGUUGAAAGCACGGCAAGUGAUGAAAAUCGGUCAAAGCUGGAAUAUAAUAUUAUUCGAUCAAGUGAUCUUCCAGUAAUUGCUAACAAUAGAACGGACUCUAGGCCUCCACCAACUGCUUAUUUGGAUCCUUCUGCUCUUUGGGAAUUAAAUCACGGAAUAAAUAUCGAACGAGAUGAAUUUCAACAGGCAAGGAAGCCAAAGGGAAAAGCCAAAUUCAUUGGUCAAUCAAAAAUAGAAAAGGAAAGAGCUUUGGAAGCAAUAGAAGCUAUACGGAAAAAAACUGGCGGGGGAGGAUUAGAUACACUUCAAUGUACAAUUUGUCAGCCACCCCGUGCAUUCACAGCCCCAACCACCCUAAUCAGUCAUUAUAGAAGUCAUGCAGGUAUCAAGCCAUACGAAUGCAGAAUUUGUAAUGCGGUUUUUACUCGUCAGCACAGCUUGAAUUAUCAUAUGCUAAUACAUACAAACCAAACACGUUUCACUUGCCAAGACUGUGGUAGAAAAUUCAGGCAUCCUUCUCAUUUUAAAGAGCACAGGCGGCGACACACGGGGGAAUCCCCUUUCGAAUGCUCAGAUUGCUUGAUGAGAUUUAAAACGAGAAAUACCUACAAAAGGCAUUUAAGAACAAGACAUGGUAAAGUUUUAACUACAUCCGGUGGCCUAAUAAUUUUAUCAGAAGAUGAAUUUCAAAUGGUUCGCACGGUUCCCCGUCAAACAAUAGCAUCUGUGAAAAGAGGAAGGCCUAGAAAAAUGAAUUCAAUGAGCGAAGAAUACGAACAAGAAAAUAUUCUUUACGAUGAAAGCACAAUGGAUACAAUUGACGAGGAUAUUCAAGCAUUGCAUCAAUUAGAGAUUGUUAAUUCACACGAAACCAAUUACGAUUCAUUUUCCAAAGAAAAUUCGCUGGAUAUCGAUGAAAUGCCGGUAGAUUUUAUUACGGAUGAAAAUGAUAUGACAGGUAAUUGUAAUUCUAAUGCAGCAUAUGAAGAAAUAGUCAAAGAAGCUGUAAGGUUAGAAAAAGCGGAAAGAGAAAAAAAACUUCAAGCUCAAUCAAAAGAAGAAAUUCAAUCUAAAUACAUAUUGCAAAAUAAAAACCUUAAUUCAAGCGACGAAGAAACGAUCAUCAUAGAAACAGAAGAUCCUCUUACCGGAAGUGGAUUAUAUUUGGCAACGUUAGAAGAUGGAGAAACGGUUUUGGUAAACACAAAUAACGAUGAUAAUGAUGAUUCAAAUCAAGAGAUUAAUUUGGGUUUUAAGGUUGUUGAAGUUGGGAGAGCUCAAAAAUUCAGAACGGAAAAUAAUUCUCCAUUUUCCACUCAAUGCUCAUCGGAAACGGAUUUUUAUGCAAAUUCAAAUAGCGAACCCACUGUUAUUGUUAUUAAAAACGAACCAUUUGCAUAA